CUACCCGUGCGAGAUAUGUCGCGGGUCACAGAUAUAUUGUGCUCGUCCUGGUGCGAGGAUCGUUUCAUCGGUAGUACGCGUCGCUUAAACGAUCGUCGCAAGUUUUCCGUGGAGUAAUAUUACAACAGAACGAUGGCUUUCGAAUUACAACUUCAGCCACCAGGGCCGGCCGUUUUGGCCAUUGCUAAGAAGGAGUUAAGGGAAACCGAAGAGAAUGUGAAGACCGGCCUCGCUAAAUUGAAGGAGCUGCUCGCUGCGGACAAACAAUUGCACUUCAAAACGGAUGACGAUUUCCUGUUAAUUUUCCUGCGACCAUGCAAAUUCUUUGCGGAAAGCGCGUACAGUUUGAUGAAGCGGAUCGCCGAUUUUAAACUCAACAACGCGUCGUUGUUGGACAAUCUGUUGCCCCAGGAUGAAAAAACAGCGCUUCUCGAUUACAACGUGGUGAACGUGCUGAAGGGCAGAGACCAUAAGGGCCGCAGGGUGCUCCUGGUGAACGUCGGCAAGACUUGGGACCCGUCGUGUGUUAACGCGGAUCAGAUAUUCCGAAUUUUCUACCUCAUCCACGAGCUCGCUAUGCUCGAGCCGGAAACGCAGAUAUGUGGAACUGUUGUGUUGAUGGAUUUCGAUGGGCUAGCUAUGAAGCAGGCGAUGGGUUUCACGCCAUCGUUCAGUAUGAGACUCUUGACCUUCAUUCAAGACGCCAUGCCACUGCGUCUUAAAGAGGUCCAUAUCGUGAAGCAACCAUUCUUGUUCAAUAUGGUGUGGCAGAUGUUCAAGCCUUUCGUUAAGGACAAGCUGAAGAAACGUAUGUUCUUCCACGGUAACAAAAUGGCCUCGCUUCACAGUUACAUAGCACCGAGCCACUUGCCAAAGAAUUACGGCGGCGACUUGCCGGAAAUCGAUUACACUGGCAGCGAGUGGUACCCGAAUCUUCUCAAAUACGAAGACAAAAUCAAAGAAUGGAACUCGUACGGAUAUUCAAAGAACCAAGCAGGUGGAACAGAGAAUGGAGAUUCGAUCUAAAAAAUUUCAAUCUGUGAUUCUCUCUGUCGUAGUAUAAGUAUUUUAAGCUCGCGGAUAAUUAUGGUUGCACAUUAAUUUUCUUAUUAUUUGUGUUAGUUUUACUUUUGUACAGAAAGUUGUUGUCUCUAUGCGUCAUAAACGGUUUUCACAAAAAG